GUUGGCUAAAACAGUUUGCCUUGGAUAACGCCAUGAAUACUGUCAUCUUGGCAAUCGUUUUGUUAACGGCCUGCGCACCAUCUGCCUCAAGCGAUCCGCUACUCGUCGAGCUAGCAAAUGGAGAACUACGCGGACACGACAACGGCAAUUACUACAGCUAUGAGUCAAUACCUUAUGCAAAGGCACCCAUCGAUGACUUGCGCUUGGAAGAUCCAGUUCCUUAUACAGGAAGAUGGGACCAAGCCUUCGAUGCCACCAAGUCACCGACUGAGUGUCUGCAGUGGAACCAAUUCAUACAACAGCCUGACAAACUAACGGGCAGCGAGGACUGUCUGACCGUCAGCAUCUACAAGCCAAAGAACGCUAGUCGGAAGAGCUUCCCAGUCGUGGCAAAUAUUUUCGGCGGAGCGUGGACCUUUGGCAGCUCGCUAGAGGAUGGAGUUGAACACUUCAUGGACAGCGGCAAUGUAAUAGUAGCGAAGAUCAAUUACAGAGUGGGUCCACUUGGGUUUUUAAGCACCGGCGACAACGUACUACCCGGAAACUAUGGUCUAAAGGAUCAGCGACUCGCAAUCCAAUGGAUCAAGCAGUACAUUGCUCGGUUUGGUGGAGAUCCAGAGAAUAUAAUUCUUCUUGGUUUCGGUACAGGUGGUUCUUCGGUUCAUCUGCAGCUUAUGCACAAGGAUAUGGAGAAUAUAGUGAAGGGCGGCAUCUCAAUUAGUGGAACAGCGACGUCUCCCUUUGCUGUGCAAAGUAGUGGACGUGAGGUCGCUUUCCGAUUUGCUAAAAUCUUGGGUUGUAACAACUUUAAACGUUCAUCUGAACUGAAAGAGUGCUUCAAAAGAACAAAUGCGAACGAUUUCGUUAGUGCCGUUCAGAAGCUCCAUGUCUUUGACUAUGUACCAUCUGCAGCAUUUAUUCCCGUCGUGGAGUCCCAUGAUUCGGAUAAUCCGUUCCUCACCGAAUUUCCUAUAGAGACUAUCACGAGUGGAAGAUUUGCCCAAGUGCCUUGGCUGGCCAGCUACACCACGCAGAAUGGAAUCUAUAAUGCUGCACUGUUGCUGCAAAAGGAUUCCAAUGGAAAGGAAAGAAUUUUGGAGCUAAACUCUCGCUGGAACGAGCUAGCUCCGUACUUUUUAUUUUACCCAAAGGACUUGAAUCAGUUCGAGAAAAAUUUCCGCUCUCGGAAACUAAAGCUGCAAUAUCUGGGCUACAGAAACUUUAGCGUCGAAAACUAUUUCGACGUCCAGCGUAUGUUCACAAAUGAGCUGUAUAAGAACGGCAUCGAAGUGGCCUUAGAUGCACAUCGGAGGUAUGGCAGCAGCCCCGUUUAUGCUUAUGUCUACGACAAUCCGGCUGACAGUUCGUUCACACAGAUACUUUCGAGACGAAUAGAUCUAUUCUUGGGCACGGGUAUGGGCGACGACUACUAUCUCUUGAUGAGCAAUUCGUUGCGUGGAGAGAUGCGAGCUGAUGAGAAAUUGGUUUCAUGGAAGCUAAUCAAGAUGGUAGAACAGUUUGCUGAGACCCGAAAUCUGGCCUACGACGACUGCGUAUUCACGGACAACCGACGCAAAAGACACUUCCAGCUGGUGGCCAUCAAACGUACUCAUUGCGAGCUGGUGGAAGCGAGACAUUUGCCUGAAACUGAGUCGGACGAUUUGCCAACUUCCCCAGUGGUAAUAUACUGAUUCGAUGUAUAUUAACAAGUCAAUCAAUCAAUCAAUCAAUUAGUCGAUGGGUCCAUUAAUGUCGUAGUGGGUGCAGUUGGUAAUUAAAUCAAUACAUUGCAAAACAA